GCCUUGCUUACCUACAAAUGCGACAAUUUACUUUCCCAAGCAAACCAUAAUGUACCCCUAUAGCCUAAGCGACCUGAAAACCAACUCCUGAAUAAAUAAACAAUUAAAAUUAGCAACAAAACAUAACCUCUGACGCAAAAUUAACAGCGUUGCCAAUAAUUAAAAUUCGGAACGCGGCCUACCCAGGGUUGGGUAAUACGCGGCAAAAAUAAAUUUAUUACAUUGUUACAUUUACGACGUCGCAAAUGUAGUAAAUUGAAAUUUGUCGCAAAUUAAAAAUGUCGCAAAAUCUGCUUCUAAAUUUAAGGUUAUGAAACUAGUUGUUUACAUCGUUUAAAUUCAUUUUUAACGGUUUUUAGAGCUGUUUGUUUUUCGUUCGAUUUUUCGUGAUAAUUUAAUUCCCUAGUGUUGUAAUUGUACCCCUGUUGGUACCACAGUUGAUACCAUGAUGAAUACCGAUACCGCAAACUCUGAAAAGGGCAGAAAGCCCCACAAUUUAUACAAGGAACUCGGAUUUGAAUCAUUACAUUUGGACAAUGGAAGAAUGGGAGCUAAGUGUGACACGUGCAACCAUAUUCUAAAAAAUACAGCAAUAUCUCGCCUUCGCCUACUUACCUAUGUGUACAUAGAAAAAGAUGUUUUCGCAAGAGCAGUAGUAUUGAUUCUAAAGAAGGUGAAGCCAUAUCAUUAUCGUCUGAUGAUAGUGUGAGGUCUGAAAAUGUAAUGACACCCAUUCGAAUUCUACUGCUGCGUCUACUGGAAUAACUUCUGACGAUGAAACUCAAGAAGUGCCCCAAAAAGUGGUUAUGGAAGUUGAAGUAAACACAAGUGCCCCUCCUCCCCAAUCUUCAUAUAGAGUUUUAGAUAUUGAAAACCUGGAGAUAAUUCCAUCCCCUGUAUCAUCGCCACUACCGAUAUCAUCAUCAGAGGUUGAUGAGUCGUUGGCCAAUCAAAAUCAGCUAUUGGAACAUGGAUAUGCCAAAGAGGAGCGCCAAGGUCGCAAUUUUCCCAUCAAUUUCGCAGCUUCCAUUUCCACUGCAUCCUCAUCAUCAUCAUCAUCAUCAAGGACUGACAUAUCAAGAUCAUCUAAGUUAAUUAAUGGAAAUAAAAAUAACAGCAGGCAAAAGAAGGAAAAAAAAAACAAAAAACCUAAGUUCCUUUGUUGACAAAAUGAAUCAAAAAGAAAAAGAAGAGGCAAAUAUAUCUUUGGCAAAAUUUUUUUUUGGGUGUAAUAUUCCGUUCAGUGUUGUGGAAAGUGACCAUUUCAAGAAUUUUUUAAAACCUUUACGUCCGGCAUACAAUCCGCCUACAAGAAAGACCUUAUCUUCUACCCUUUUGGAUAAAGUCCAUGAGCACGUGUUAAUAAACAAUAAAAACAGUUUAAAGAAAUCAGCCACAUUACUUAUAGAUGGUUGGAAAAACUCAUCAAAUAAUACAAACAAUGUAGUAACAAUGCUACAAACUCUUAAUGGUGAAAGUGUGUUUCUUGAAUCUUAUGACUUUUCAACAGCCAAGGAAACGGGUGAAGCACUUGCAGAAGUCUGCAAUAACGCUCUUGAAACGGCAAAAUCAGCAUACAACUGUGAAAUUUACGCCGUAGUCUCUGAUAAUGCUUCGAAUAUGGUAAAAAUGGGUCGCCUUAUAAAUUUAUGGCAUAGCACUUGCAGCAGUCAUACAGGUAAUCUCCUUGUUAAGGACAUAGUAGAUCAUGACGUCAUGAAAACUGUGACUCUGGUGUUAAAAGAAUUUAAGCACACAACUUUAGAAAACAUGAUUUUACAGAGAGGGGGUUUAAAAAUAGUCGUACCUGUUGAGACAGGUUGGUGCUCUCAUCGUGAUUCUUGUGAUUCCUUGCUGAAAAACUUACGGAUCAUGAAACAAGUCGCAGCUGAAGAACAUACUAAAAUUAAGGCUGAAGUUACAUGUUAUCUUUACAAUGAAGAAUUUAUAGAAUCCGUAAAAGCAACAGUAGCUUUGCUAGAUCCAAUUUGCAAAAUCAUUAACACAUGUCAAAAUAAAUCUACUUCCAUUGCAGAUUCCACAGAGGAGUGGUUAAAAUUGAACAAUCAAGUUAAGGAAUCAGAAAGUUACAAUGAUAAGAUUAAAAGAUGUGUAAAGUCACGAACGAAUAUGGCUUUAAACAUAUAUAGCUUGGCAGCAAACUAUUUACACCCCAAUUAUAGAGGAAAUUUGUUAAGCAAAGAACAGAAACAAAUGGUUCAGGAUUUCCUUAUUAAUAGUUUGGACUCCGAAGAGAGCUUGGACGGUCUUAAUGCUUUUAUCAGAAAUGAGGGUAUUUUUGACACCCUAAAAAAGAAGGCACAAAACAUUUCUGUUUCAACAUUUUGGGGUUUAGUAGAAACAAAAUAUGAAGCUCUUUCAACUUUGGCACAAAAGUUACUAAGUAUUCCAGCUUCAUCAGCUCAGUUGGAGAGAUUGUUUUCUAACUGGUCUUUUGUCCACUCAGAUUUGAGGAAUAGAUUGACCAAAGAAAAAUCAAGCAAGUUGGUUUCAGUUUAUUAUUCCCUUAAGCUUAAGGACAGCAAUGUUUCAGAUCAAUAUUAAUAUUAAUACCUUAUUAUUAUUAUAAUAAACGUGUCUUAGUUAUAUUAUUAUAAGUUGUCUAUCCCGUCCAGAAUUAAAACAAUUUUUUUUUCUUAAAAAACUGUGUUUUAUUGAUUUUAAAUCCUUGAGAUUUUCACUUUCAAUAGUUUCAAUGUUUUCUUUCAUUGAAUUUGUUACAUAUUGUCGCAAAUGUAGGUAAUAAAUUAAAUUUUUUGAACGCGUCGUAAUAUACAUUUGCGACAGUCGUAAAUGCCGUCGCAAAUGUACAAUUUGCUACUUACCCA